AUGGGAAACGAAGUAUCAGCACAAAGGGUUACCUUUGGUUCACGUCCACCACACAAGCAAGUCCAACAAGAAGCCUCCCCGAAUACAGAUGCUCCUUCCACCAACAAACGCAAACGUGAGGAUUCUGAAGAAGAUCACUCAAGUGAAAAUGUCAGCAAACACAGGAAAUUGCACCAAAAUGAGAAUAGUGGUCAUAGCAUUCUCAAUUCUGAGUCUCUGAUAGUUAUCCUGAAAUGUGAUUCCUUAUCAUCACUUCAGAGGGUUUCUCAACAGAAGGACCCCAUGAGAACAAAGAAAAAUAGCGGUUUCACUAAAGAAGAAAACAACGCCCAUGCAGUUCUGAAUAGACGCUUGAGAAAGCAACGGGAAAAGGCAAUGGCCUGCACACCUGGACGUGAUCCAAUUGGAACCCCAUCUUCGGCUGAUCUACAAGCCACCACCUCGACUGUUCCUCCAAAUCAUUCAGUGCUUAUAGCUCCUGGUACGAAUUUAGAUUCUAAGAUCAAGGAGAAGCCCGAAAUUACAGUGAAGUCCGGAUUAAAAGCUUUCCCAGACGCUUCCCCAGACACGAAUACAUCAACAGGCUCUGCUGCCCAGAUCAAGGAUUAA